UCCAGGCUGUCUCGGUGUUGCACCCCGGUUCCUGACGCACACACCCCCACACGUGGGUCUGCUUUUUCUCAAGAAGGAGAGUUUGGUGGAGAUUUAUCCAGCAGAAGUAAUAGGAUUUGUGGCCCUUCGUAACAACAAGAAGAAGGGAGGCAAAUUCCAGCCUUUCAAGAAGUUGUUUGGCAAAAAGAAAAAGAAGAGCACCCUGUUGUCUGGGGAGGAGGAAUCGGCUGGGAGGCAGAGUCGCGCUCCCCAGAGCACCGGCAAUGGGACCUUCUCUUCGGAUGAGGAAACCGUGGAGAGCACUCUGAGGUCCUUCAACUAUUCUGUGGGAGCACGGGCCUUCUCCCAUGACAGUAUUUUUAUCCCUGAUGGGGGAGCAGAAAAUGAGCAGACAGUUCAAGCAAUGUCACAGGACAGCAUCCUGGGCAAAGUCAAAACUCUUCAGCGACAGUUGGGCAAGAAUAUCAAGUUUGGGCAGCGGCCAUCUAACAGUAUUCCCAUGAAGAAGGCAGGCAGUACAGACACUAGCUCAGAAGAGGACUUCUUCCUGACCAGUCCCAUGGAAAUUGUGACUCAGCAGGAUAUUGUCCUUUCAGACACAGAGAACAAAUCCAGUGAUACGCCCAGCUCCUCCAGUCCUCUGAAUCUACCUGAAGCUGGAAGUGAGAUGGAAGAGAAGGUUGUGCCAGUCAAACCCUCCCGGCCCAAGCGGCACUUCUCUUCCGCGGGCACCAUUGAAAGUGUCAACCUCGACGCCAUCCCCCUGGCCAUCGCGCGCCUGGACAACAGUGCAGCCAAGCACAAACUCUCGGUGAAGCCGAAAAACCAGCGGGUCUCAAGGAAGCACAGGUGGCUUGCCCAGGAUCGUCAGAACGAGUCAGGCAGCUUUGAGAGUCAGUCUUCCCUGGACCAGAACGGGCAGCCAGGAGAAGACAAGCACAUCUGGCAUGAAGAGGAGCCAGAGCCUCAGGAUUCCCACGAAGAGAAAAGACUCCAGGAAGAGUAUUGGCGGGAACUUGAAGCCAAGUGCAAACGGCAAAAAGCCGAAGCCGCGGAGAAGAGGCGCCUGGAAGAGCAGAGGCGGCAGGCGCUGGAGAGGCGGCUUUGGGAGGAGAGCCUGAGGCAGGAGCUGCUGGAGGAGGAGGAGGAGGAGGAAGGCGAGCAGGCCGACGUGCAGCUAGAGGCAGGGAAGGCUCGUCCCGGGGAAGGGCGGCCGUCUGCCCUGGAGGAGCAGGGUUGUGCAGAGCAAGAGCCGGAGGAAGCCGAUGACCCCGGGUGCCUGGAGGCGGAAGAGCGCAGGCGUGAGCAGGAAGAGGCCCAGAGGCAGGAGGAGGAACUGAGGCAGCGUGAGGCCCAGAGGCAGGAGGAGAAACUGAGGCAGCGCGAGGCUGAGCUGCAGGAGGAGGAACUGAGACAGCGUGAGGCCGAGAGGCAGGCGGAGAAACUGAGGCAGCGGGAUGCCCAGAGGCAGGAAGAGGAGCUGAGGCAGCUCGAGGCCCAGAGGCAAGAAGAGGAGCUGAGGCAGCUCGAGGCCCAGAGGCAGGAGGAGAAACUGAGGCAGCUCGAGGCCCAGAGGCAGGAGGAGAAACUGAGGCAGCGCGAGGCUGAGAGGCAGGAGGAACUCAGGCAGCGCGAAGCCGAGAGGCUGCAGGAAGAACUGAGGCAGCUCGAGGCCGAGAGGCAGCGUGCUCAGGAGGAGGAAGCCAGGAGGAUGCUGCAGGAACCGAGGCAGGAGGAGGAGGCCAAACGCACAGAAGAGCUGAAAGGGCGGGAAAUGGACGAGGGCCCACAGAGCCCGGAAGGAGAGAGCCAGCCUGGGCUAGCAGACGAGGCUGAUCAGCAAAGCCCACUGCAGCAGCAGGACCUUGAGAAGCCAGAGGAACAAGAAACCCCGGAAUGCGCGGGGCAGAAAGAGAUGGCCCAGGAGCACACGGAAGAGGCCAAGGUGGCCAGCGAGCCGGCAGGGCAGAGAGGAGACCCGGACGCGGAGUCCGGUGGUGUAGACGUGGAAGGGAGAGAAGCCACCCAGACAGACAUCCCCCUGCCGCAAGAGGGGCAGAUGGGCGGAACGCCGGCCUCGGAGGACAAGAACGAAGCUGUCGCUGCAGAUAACGACCGGAAGGUGGAGGAGCUCCGCUGGCAGGAGGUGGACGAGCGGCAGACCAUGCCCCGGCCCUACACGUUCCAGGUGUCCUCCGGGGGUAGGCAGAUCCUCUUCCCCAAAGUCAACCUGAGCCCGGUGACACCCGCCAAGGACGCGGCGGCGAGCCUGGCCCCAGUGGCCCAGGAACCGCCUGUGGCCCGCGGUGGCGCCCCGCACGCCCUGCCCUCGGCGCUGAGCAUCCCCCACACGGCCAUCCUGGUCACCGGAGCGCAGCUCUGCGGCCCGGCCGUCAACCUGAGCCAGAUCAAGGACACGGCCUGCAAGUCCCUCCUGGGCCUGUCGGAAGAAAAGCGCCCGGUGGACGUCCCCACGGUGGAGCCCAGGGCCGGUGGCGGCAAAGCCAGGCCUCCCCCGGAGGCGCCGAGCAACGCCGGCGCGCUAGCCGAGUGGGCUUCCAUUCGAUCCAGGAUCCUGAAGAACACGGAGGGUGACCAGCGUGGUGACAGAGAGCCGGCCAGAGCCGCCGGGGACGAGCCCGCUCCCCGAGCUCGGAGCGAUUCCCGAGGGAACGUGCGCAGGACGCCGCCGGGCAACGCCAAGUUCUCCAUCAUGUCGGCCUGGCAGAAGUUCUCGGACGGCGGGCCAGAGACCUCCAAACAGAGCUUGGACGGUGAAAGCAUAAGGAAAAAGCCGGGGCCAGCACCGGGCGAAGAGACAGCACCCCAGCCUCCGCCUGCCGCGGCUCCCGAGCCUCGGAAGAGCCUGGAGAAGCCAGAGGUGAGCCAGGAGCCCCCAGACACCACCGACGGAUGCAAAUUUGCCAAAGACCUUCCAUCCUUCCUCGUUCCAGGCCUGCCUUCUCCGCAGAAAGCUGCUUCCCGCACAGAGUCCACGACCACUUUGGACAGCGAGACCACGAGUGACGCAGGAAAGCCAGACACUGUGAUGCCGGGAGGUGAGGAGAAGGCCUCGCCCUUUGGAAUUAAACUGAGAAGGACCAACUACUCCUUGCGCUUCCACUGUGACCAACAGGCCGAACAGAAGAAGAAAAAGAGGCACAGCAGCACGGGAGACCCUGUGGAUGGUGGCACCCCCGCAGCCGGGAGUGACCCUGGAGAGAAAGAGCCCGAAGCGGUGACCCUCAAGCAUGGCGCAUCCCUUCCCCAGGAGAAAAAGCCAGCCCUAGCCCCUCGGAGGGACUCUGCCGAAAGCCCUUCUGUCGGUCGCUCGGUUGCUGUAGCCCAGCCGGGGCUACCACCAGCCAGUAGCCAGACCCCAGCUCCAGAGCAGGACAAGGCAGCAAGCAGAACGCCACCAAUGCAGAAGCCGGCCCUGGCUCCCAAGCCCGCCAGCCAGACCCCACCGUCCUCCCCACUCUCCAAACUGAGCAGACCCCACUUGGUAGAGCUGCUUGCUAGGCGGGCUGGGAAGGUGGAUUCCCAGCCGAGUGAGGCUUGCAAGGAGAGCAGAGAGAGCCAGGAGAGCAGUGAUAACCAGCCACCCUCACCAUCCCUGCCAGAGGAGCCGAAGGGGCAGAAGAGGGAUGAGGAAGAGGUGCCAGAAAAGAAACCCGCUUCCCCGCCUCUGCCAGCCAGCCAGCAAGAGAGACCUUCCCUAACUCCUGAAACAGGAAGAAAAGAGAAACCCGUGCUUCAGAGCAGGUACUCUCUAGACGGCUCCAGAUUAGCAGAGAAAGUUGAAACUGCUCAGCCGCUGUGGAUAACGUUGGCGCUGCAGAAGCAGAAGGGGUUUCGUGAGCAGCAGGUAACCCGAGAGGAGAGGAAGCAGGCCCGGGAGGCCAAACAGGCCGAGAAGCUCUCCAAAGACACUGUCAGUGUCAGCCCACAGCCUGGAAGCAGCCGAGUAAGCAGAGCUGGUUCCCUGCACAAGUCCGCCACUCCGUCAGAAGAGAAAAAGCCUGAAACGGCAGUGUCCAGGCUCCAGCGCAGAGAACAGCUGAAAAAAGCCAACACUCUUCCCACAUCCGUGACAGUGGAGAUCUCAGACUCGGCACCCCCAGCUCCGCUGGUAAAAGAGGUCACCAAGAGAUUCUCCACCCCAGACGCUGCCCCCGCAUCUACAGAACCUGCCUGGCUGGCUUUGGCCAAAAGAAAAGCAAAGGCCUGGAGCGACUGCCCGCAAAUCAUUAAGUAAACAGUGACUCCUCCCCA